AUGAUCCCCAACUUUGGAAUGCAUAAAAAGCCCAACAUUCCAAUUUAUCUAAGGUUAUCAGAUGGGAUGGCCUAUUCCAUUAAACCACCUGCUCAGCUACCUCACGUAGAUAACGAGGGACAGCUUUACAAUUUGCGUGACCGAGCGAAACACGUCUUUUCCGAGGCGCGUCGAGUGACACGUUUUAUGGAGCUGUGCAACCAGACUUCUGCAAGUGAAUGUCAGUCAACUGGAAAGGAGACAGCUCAAGAGGCCGGCCGGAGCGCUUGCGGUGCGAAUGCAGAGCAAUCCAGCAUUCUGACGGAAUUGGGCGCCCUGAUGAACGAAAGCCAGACCUCUUGUGCCCAGCUCUAUCAGUGCUCUUGCCCAGAGCUGGAUUGGCUGACCCAUCAGUGUCGGUAA